AUGACUGGAACAUCACUGACUUGCAGCUCUUUGUUAUCAGGAGCCAGCUGUGAUGCACUUUUGAGGGCAGAGAAAGUUGUAUCGUACGGGGCAGCCGGGGUGAUCAUCAUGAUGUUGGCGCCCAUUUUGGCCAUUUUUAUGGUUGACCUCGCCACAUUUGCCGUGAGAAGCAUGGUGGAGACGGCACAGAGACAGAAGACACACGAAUUCAGAUUCAAAUCCACCAACCAGAUGCGCAAGUACUUUCAAGACAUCUCGUCGCUGUUGAAGGAGUCCAAGGCUCGGUUGAGGCGGUUUGGGCUUCGGGUGGAGGACGAGUAG